CAUGUUGGCAUCCUGGGAAAUGAAGCGGCUGAUUCUGCAGCACGUUCUGCUAGCAAGAAACAAGUAGACUUGCGUGAAAUACCCUAUAAAGACUAUCACACGUCUCUAAAACGGUGCAUUCGGUCAAAGUGGCAAUUUCAGUGGAAUACUGAAAUGAACAACAAAUUACAUGCUGUAAAACCUUACAUAAGUGAAUGGGAGAGUGCCCGGCAUCGGGAGCGCUUCUGCGAAGUAAUCCUGUGUCGGUUACGAAUUGGUCAUACACGUCUCACACAUGGGCACCUUUUGAGUGGGGAGGAUGCUCCAGUAUGUGAAUACUGUAACAUAACCUUAGGUGUUUCACACAUUUUAAUUGAAUGUCACACAUAUGAUCAAUACCGUCAGAAACACUUCUCACAACUAUAUAGAGAACAUGUCCCACUGCACCUAGCUCUGCUUCUAGGUGAUGAACCACUUAUUUCACAUGAUUGCUUAUUUAAGUUUCUCACUGAUAUCGGCCUUAUACACCGACUGCGAUUUUAUUUUCCACCCCAAACUCAUGACCAUACCUUUUACACUUAUACAAAUGCGUGUCCUUAUUUUUAUCACAUCACCUGCUACUAUAGCUCUUUCUUCUCUCUAACCCCCUACUGCAAUAGUUCAGACUCUUGGCACAUUAUAGCCUUAGAUGCUGAUGUGCCAUAA